AUGAUGGGGUCACUCUCUUCAAAUGCGGAGGCUGUCAAGCAUCGUAUUACUGUCAAAGAGUGUCAAAAGGCAGCAUGGCCACGUCACAAGCCAACAUGCCAAGGCAUCCGUGGCCUCAAAUCUGUGGCCACCUCUUCUAUCAACGAUCGUCACAACAUGCUACGUGCAUACUGCAUGAAGCAACGCCCGCUAAUGAUGUGCUACGGCAUACUGGGUCUAGAUUUGCAUCGAAACAUCGAAAGAUGGGAGAACGAGGUGUUUCAUAUUUUAGUCCGUCCAUCGCCUGGAGCAUCGUUGCUGCGCCCAGAAAAGGCAUUCCUUGCGAUUGACGCAAAGCCCCGACGUAUGGACGAGCUCGGAGGAGCACAUGAAUUGGGAUUUCGACUGGAGUUGGAGAAGCUGAAGGCUGAAGUGAAGCGAGAUAAGCAACUGUGCGGAAUGGUGGUCAUAACAACAGACGUUGAGAGCAUGAUAUCCAUAACCUGGCCAAUUGCGUUCACUCACGCUCUGCCUUCGACCCCUCCAGGCCUCGAUAUGGACGAUUGGAGAGAACCGUUGAUUACCAAGUUGAACUAUGGCAUGGUAUUCAAUGGUUGA